CAUACGUAUUAUUUUAUGCAGUAGUAUAACAGGGAAAUUGUAUUUUCACAUUCUUCUAAUAACAGCCCAAAACACUACAUCAACCCAUGGGUCUUGUCUUAAAGCUCAUCUCUUAAAGCUUCCCCUAGGAGAGCUGUGUUUCACAUAAUGGAAGGAUCAGCUGAGUUCUGCUGGUGACUGUAGUGUCUGAUGUGUUUAGUUUUUCACAGAUAGUGUGAGGGAAAGUAUCUUGUGUAUUAAGGGGAGCUAACUAGAAUUAAUGAGACUACCAGCAUUUUAAUUAGCUCCUAAAGAAAUAAAUGAAAAACUUUCCCAUUUUAAUUUAGUUUAACUUCCAAAACUAUCUGAUCUGCUAACUGCUAAGGUAUGAGGUCAUUUCUUGGAAAAAAAAGCACAAUCAAUCAGAGCAAAGAGCCAUAGCUAUUCAUUGUAUUUCCUGGGGCAUGUGGACUGUGAUUAUUCCCAUCAGAGCGAAAUGGCCAAAGUCAUGGUCCCUGCUGAUUCCCUGGGGACCCCUCUGUGUGCUGAGACUACCACAAUCUACUGGGAGUAUCAACUUCCUGGAUGAGGAGCAGCAUCACUCAUGCUGCUGCCAUGGCGCAAUGGAAAUAUCCAUCUAACUGUGUAUGUUCACUGCAGUUUGCUGAUCUCUCCCAGUUUGGAACAUGACUUUCCUAAAAAACAAAGGCCAUUGCACAGUGAGAGGAGUACCGAUGGGAUGCUUCUUUCUCCUGUUUGCUGCUGAGUUAUUGCUGAUGGAGAUGAGCAGAGUCAUUUGACUCAUCCACAACAAAGCUAAUACACUAAUGAUGCGAAAGAGUGUGGCUGGAGUGGCCUGAAAACCCCUGUGAACUAACAGCAGAGCAUAUUUAGUAUGAUGCAUCUGUCUCUGCUUUACAAAUUCUGUCCCACCGUGUCUUCCUUGAGAUGAGGAGGCUCAGAUGUGGGCAAGGAAAGAGCAGGGUAACAUUGGCAUUGGUGUCACGGGAUGAUGUCCUGCUAGAAGGUGAUUGUGCCUACCUAAUGGGCUUCUGCCCCCUGCUGUGAGGGGAUUGGAGGGAAGGAGAGGAAAGCUUAGAGAAGGAGGAGGAGAGGAGGAGGAAGUCUUUGUGGAGAGGGAAGAAAGACUAGGUUUAAAAUAUCAAGCCCUUUGAGUCUUUAAGAGCUUCCUGCUGGCUGGAGAGCAAGGGUGGAACAGGGCCCAGGACAGAAAAUGUGAGAUGUCCUACCAUCUGAUGGGCCUGCUUGCAAACUGGGGACUACGUCGAUUGUCCUCAGCUCAGAGGGCCCUGAUGUCCCUGAGAGGGAAUGGGGGACAGACUCUCUCAGCCUGGCUUGGCUAAGGGCCAAGGAGAGCAGUGUGGCUGCUCCCUACCUAUUGUACUUCCAACUUCCUUGUUUCCCUUCUAAAGCUACAACAUCAUGUGCUUUCUCCCUUUCCUUACCAUAUUACGGAGUCUUGUCUUUCAGUUGUCUCCUCUCUCAAAUGAGGACAAGUGUGCAAGGGGAAAUGGGACAAAGAAAGGGAAAUAAGAACAAGAAGCAAGAGGGAGCAGGAGAAAAGUGUAGCAAGAUAUAGGGGAAGAAAUCAUGUCUGCCAGAAAGAGGAGGGAGCCAGCAGGGCUCCUCAGCUAGUGGCUAAAAGCGCAGUAUAAACUGGGACUGCAUUCGCACUGGUGUGUGAAGCUGUGAGUCAGACACAUUCCUGCAUGCAGUGGUCAAGGCAGCUCUCGGGGGUUGGUUCAGGGGGCAGAGCUCACCUCUCCAGAGUCUGUCUAAGCUGAGACACACAGACUUGGGAGCAGAAAUCCGCUUAUUCACCAAGUCUGCUGGUUUCCCCGGGCCCAGCAACAAAUGAGGAGCUGGUAAAGAGAAGAGACGUUUCCUUCUGGCUGGCAGAAGUUAUCUUGCACCUAUUGGUCUUGAAGGGGAGGGCAGUGUCCCCUUCUUGGCCCUUUGAUGGUUAAGGGAAACAACCUGACAGAGCUUGUGAUGGACAAGAUCAGCAAAACAGACUGCGCGGCUGGAGGUGAGGAAUAGACUUCUCUGACCUGUCUAUGUCUGAUGAACUCUCGCCAUUCAUCCCUUGACUGUUUUGUUGUUAAGGCUAGACAUGUCCCAUACAGUGAGUGGAGAAGGAACAGGUCUCUGAGAGCUUGAUUUGUUCUUGGUCACCCUACUCAAAGAUGUCUUACAACCCUUCCUUCAUCAGCGCAAGGCCUGGAGAGGAUCCCAAGAGUGGUAGUUUCUUGGAGGAAAGCAGCAGUGGGGAUGAUGACAGUAGCGUACUGGGAGGGGACAGCCUGGUCACGGGGCCACUGGGUGCAGUGCUGCUGGUCAUGUGCCUCACUGGGAUGGUGGGGAACAUCUACACGGUGGCAGUGGCCUCUGGCAGGGUGGUGGGCUACUCAGCAGGCUCCCUGGGGGUCUAUGUGAUCAACCUUGCCCUGGCUGACCUCCUGUACCUGUCCACCAUCCCCUUCGUGGUUUGCACCUAUUUUGCCCAUGACUGGUUCUUUGGGGAUGUGGGCUGCAGGCUUUUGCUCAGCCUGGACCUCCUCACCAUGCAUGCCAGCAUCUUCCUUCUGACCGCUAUGAGCCUGGAGAGGUACUGGGCGGUGGCAAGGCCACUGCAGGCCAGGCGGGUCAGCAAUGCUUACCGCAAACUGGCCAGUGCCAUCCUCUGGCUCCUCUCGCUCCUGCUUACGGCCCCCAUGAUGGUGAUGACCCAGCUGCGGGAGGGGGACAGGCCCCACAAGCGCAUCUGCAUCCCCACCUGGACGCCAGCAGCUUUCCGGCUCUACCUGACAGUACUGUUUACCACCAGCAUCCUGGCACCCGGUGUGGUGCUGGGCAUCAUCUACACCCGCCUGGGCUGGGCAUACCGGGCCUCAGCCUGGGGCCUGGGGCUGCCAGUCACUGGCCGGGCCCCCUCCUGGCGGCUCUUCUCCAGGAUCUCUGCCAUUGUGGUGGUCUACUGGGCCUGCUUCCUCCCCUUCUGGGCCUGGCAGCUGGCGGGGCUGUACCAGAAGGAUGGGCUGGGCAUUGGCCCCACUGCCCAGGCCUACCUCAACUUCGGUGUCACCUGCCUGGCAUAUGGCAACAGCUGUGUCAACCCCUUCCUCUACACCCUGCUCACCAGCAGCUACUGCCGGCGCCCUGGCCACAGUGGGAUGGGCAUGGCACAGCCUGCGGCAACCUCCCGGCAGGCUGCAGGAAGCCACAGCCUCCCCCUGGCUUUCAAGGAGUUGUCAGGGUCUCUGAGGGAAAGCGAGGGGUGAGC